GCUGCCGGUCGCGCCGUCGUUAGGGACAAACCAUUUGCAAGCGCUGUGUCCCAUUAGCUUUUAUGAUCUCCAGGAAGACAGAAUCCAGUGAGUGAUUCCCAGAGGGGAGCUGUCCCCAGCCAGCAAGCAGAUCACUGGAACGUUGCAGCCCGUGUUUUACGACGUCUUUAGCACAGAAAGUCCCCAGAUCAAGCUGCUGUUCAGGGACAAUCAUCAACAGAACAUGAAUGACACCAGACACCAGUCUCUGUUCUUUGUCAGUCUGCCUGAGCUAGAAAAGCUCUGUGCCGUUACAGUAACCCUGAGCCCCCAGCUGCCAGAAUCUGAAAUAAGAACUGCACAGAUAAAGAUUUGCAGACAAUUAUUAUUUACACAUCAAGACAUCCUCUCUGCACCUGCAAUUGGAACACUGAAUCAAAUUUCAGUAGUAAUGGCGAUAGCUUUUUUCAAAACUGGAGUAUGUCAAGCACAUAUAGUGAAACAAGGAGCUACUCUGGAAGCACCACAGACAGUUACUCCUGCCAUUCUGCAGACCUGUCUCUCGUACACACUCAUAGCCAGACUUGCUCCCAGAUGGAACAAGGCCGGGCAUCUCUUGGUGCAAGGGAAGGAUUUUUUGUCUCAUUCAGGAAGGCAAAAUGCUGUUGUUAUGGACCUGAGUGUAUCAGAGACCCAGCUCUGCAUCAGUGUGGAGGCCUGCUCGGUCCGCCUGCCACCCCCCGAGCUGGGAGAGUUUGAUAUUUCGGAAAACAUCUUAAAGAUAUUUGACAGCAAUGAAAACACUGUGAUUGAUGGACAUUCCAUUCUAAGUAACUGGUGCUAUGUUUUGCCAAGCAUGAAAAUGGGUCAGAUCAUAAGCAUCAGCCACCUAAUUCCUUCAGAAGCUCCUUUUCAUUCAUAUAAAGACUUUCAGAUGCACUGGAAGAACCUGUAUGGAUAUAUUCUGCCAGAGAAUUCCGAGGAGACAAAAACAUACUGCAGUGUUUACUUCAAGCCCAUAGGGGAAAGGCUUUUUACGUACCCUUUAAGUUGCAUUCGAAGCCAGCCCGUGCAGUAUUUCCCUCGAGUAGACUUAGAAAGUGUGUUGAACUCUUUUGUUUCUGACAUGAAGUCUAAUCUUCCACGUCUGUGUGGAUUUCCASUAAAGAUGACUAGUAAAGCUCUUUAUGCUACACAGGAACUCUGCAGAGCUCUAGAGAUAAAGUCUAAGCGUAUGACACUGCCUGGUGAAGUGGUUUGUGCAGCAUCUUUAACCCAGGCUCCUCCAAGGAGAGAGACUUGUCCUAGAAUUUCUUCCCUGUGCAGUAUGGAAAACAGCCACUGGAUGGAGCAUUUGAUCAGCGAGCCAAAACCACGUAUUUCUUUGAGCAUCAGUGAAGGUGUAGGAAAGGUUAGCACUGAAGCAGCACAGAAAUCCAUGAGUAGCAGGCAAAUACCAGGAGUAUCUGCCCUACAGGUUCACUCUCCAAAAUCUUUAGGAAGACCUCAAACUUCAGCCUCUGGCUCCCCCCAAAAAACUGUUAGCAAAAUUAUACCUAUUUUCAAAGGAAAGUUGAUGCCAAAGAAUGGAAAAAACACAAGGCAGAGCGAUGGGAACAAAAGCGAACUUUCUGGGAGACAUUCACCAGUAAAGAUUAUGAAUGCUUCAGCAUCUGUGCUGACCACGUGCAAGUCCAGCUUGACUCAGGGUUACAAACCUGCUCAAAAUGUACCAGUCAAAAACGCUACUCACAGCACUGCACUGCAAACAGUAACAGAGAAAACAGGUGUAAAACGUGGCAUAUCUGUAUUUCAGUGGAAAAGAGAGUCUGGUAGACGAGCUGCUAAAUCUGAUUAUUCAGAUAGCUCUCCUUCACGUGGGAAUUCAAGUAAAGUCAUUCACAGUAAGACAAAUUCUGCUUCAUUACCUAAGAAUCCUAGGUCAGUGGUUCAGAAAGCAAACACCAGUGUGGGUCUGAGUACAUGUGCAGCUCUUAUUUCCAGUACAGGAAAGGGGAAAAAGUUGAUAAGUCAAAGUACCACACAAGUUCUUGAGAAGCAACACAACUCACAGAAUGGAAAAUUGCCGAUGSGUAAAUUAGACAAUGAAAUGACAAAUUCUGGUUUAUCACAGCAGCAAACAAAAAGAUCAAAUGAAGCAGCAGGGUUAAAUAUUCAUGAAUCUAUCUUACAUGAUACCAUGCGCAUCGAAAAAAAUGAGGAACAUCAAAACUCACGCCGUUACAGGGAGUGCCUCACCAAGACAAGCAGUCGUCUCUCAAAAGUUAGCAGUGAGCAGAUUUUUACAGAGAAUGAACAUCUGAAAUGUGAAAUACUGACCUCAAAACAGACUUACUCAAUAAAGGACAACAACAUGGAAGCACCUGUAAAGACAGAUUGUGUCAGAAGGCGGCAGAAAGAAGAGAGCUCUUCAAAGUUAAAGAGAGCCAAAAGAAGCAAGCCUUCUGUUUAGGAUGUUGUGGAGGACUGCAGGAAAACACUGGGUUCCCAAGGAGGCACGAACAGAUUUGAGGCUGCUCUGGGCUUUGUGAUCUUUGCUCUUUAUAUUUCAGAUUGUUGGUACCUGUUUCUAUAUGAAAAACUGAGGGUUAGAUACGAGAUAUUGUUAGAUACUGUUCUCAGGGGUGAAACUAAGACCUAAAGCUUUUUUCUAAGUUCAGUUGAUAACACCCUUCUUAAGCAAAUCACACACACACACACAAACAAAAGUUAUUGCCAUUUGAGUAAUUUUAGCAGAAUAAAAAUAUAGCUUCAAAGACCUACUUGAAGACCUGCUAAUUACAAAAAUAUGUACACACACACACACACACACACACGACCUAGUUGCUGAUUUUAACACUAUUGUGUUAUAUAGAUAUUCAGAAGUAUAUGGUAUUCAGAAGUAAGUGUCACAACACUAGUUCCUAUAUUCAAUGGUGCACACCUGUAGUUCAACAUUUAUUUUGGAUAUAUAUUUGCAAAACCUCUUUCCUAUAGGAAUGGGAACACUGGAUUUUUUUUUUUUUAAUGAACACUCUCUUGGUUUAUAUUGCUGUAAUUGUGUUUUGUAUUUACCUCACUUUUCAGAUUAGGACUUUUCCCUACUAGAGAUAAAACUUCUGUUUUGUUUYCUGUUCUCAAAUGGUGGCUCUUAGCAUAGCUCUCACUUAAUGCUGUCAAUAUUCAGCAGCAAUUGGGCACGUCAACACAAUAUGAUU